AUGCUCCAGUCUUCACAUCCCUAUGUACCUGAUCAGACUUCCAACAACACUCCCAUCGCCUUUCCUUUCAACGCCUCGCCGGCUCGCAUUAGCACGCGGGAUCUUCUUUCAUGCCUUCCUCCAAGAGACGAGGCGUGGACACUAGUCGAAUCGUACUAUCGCUAUUGUGCUUGGCACCAUGACGUCGCUCCCAAAAUACCGUUCGAAACGACGUUUGAUCGUGUCUAUACACUUGCGGAGGGACGUUCUUUAUCUCCUCCGGGUCAUCCUCAAGAGAUUGUCGUCUUGGCUCAAGGCACCAUGUUCAACAUUGAGAUGCCCAAUUUCGAUUCAUCUGCCGAAGAUUGGCUGCACCUCUCGGAACGUGCUUUGGUCAAAGGGGACUUUCUCUCAAACAACACGAUCGCUGGAGUGCAAACCCUUCAUCUGAUGGCGCACUUGCACCUGCACUUGGACAAAGGUCGACGCGGUGACAAUGCCUGGCCGCUAUGGGGUCUGGUCAUGCGUUUGGUUCAAGCGAUGGGUAUGCAUCGGGACGGUGGUCGCUGGAAUUUGCCCGAGAAUGUUGUCGAGGAAAGGCGCAAGGUGUUUUGGGAGUGUAAUGCUGCCGAUAUCUUCGAGGCACAUUGUUUCUCAAGGCCAUCUUCUAUCAUUCCCGAGCAUUGCGACACCGCCUUCCCCUCUGAGCCACAAAAUCUGAAUGGGGAAAAAAGCUAUUCCAGACUCCGAUUUGAGCUAUCACAACUCUCAGCUGAGAUUCUCCAUAUGGCAUUGAAGGUGCGGAAACCAGCGUAUUCCGACGUCGUCAACUUGGAUCUCAAGCUCUGUGAAUUUGAACGCAAAACCCCCUUCUCCUUACGUUGCCGAGCAGCAUUCUUGUCAAUGCCCUCUCAGUAUCCUCAAGUUGAAGCGGCGAACGAAGCAUCUCCAGAACCAUCCCGGAGGUCGAUGACCAUUUCCUUUCAACAAACGAAUCUUGCACUCAACAUCUCUGAGACAAUCAUCAACCUUCAUCGACCAUAUUACGCAAAAGCCCUCUAUGAUGACAUUGAUCGCGUCAAGUCUGUCUACGCACCUUCAUUCUUGACAGUGAUAGAACGUUGCGCAAUUAUUAUUGGCAUUGUGAGAGACAUUCAUACACGGUUUCCGGCUGUAAGCACCAGGCAGUGGAACUUUUGGUAUCACGUAUUCGGUUCGGCUCUAUGCUUAGGAACGCUGGUGUUGCGCGAUCCAGGCAAUGCCAUGGCCAAUUUUGUCCUUGCACAGAUUGAUGCCGCUAUUGGCUUAUUCACCUCCCUAAUUCAACAUGGCGCCAGUACCCCCCGAUACAACCGGAACCUGCAGUGGCUCGUGAGGCUUCGCGCACGAGCGUCGUCCAAGAUCUCGAUGGCCUCUCACGCACAAAAGAGCGACUCACAGCGAGACGCUGAGCUGGACCGGCGAAGAAGUAGCGAGGAGAGAGAGGAUGGUGAGGAUGUAGAGUUGCUCGGCUGGCGGACCAGGCUCAUCGAGCGGGCGGGUCAUGAACGUCAGACUAUCAGAACUAUUCCCCUUGCUACGACCCCGGCCUCUUCUCACACGACAAAUAUUUCGAACCCACCGCCGAACGACAAUUACCUCGGGGGUCCUCAAAGUCGGCAGAGAAUGGCAAAAACGACGACGCUCAGCGCAAUACAUCCUCUGGUUACGCCUGACUCGACGGACGACCUUCUACAUGAGUUCUGGGAUCCAAUGCUCCUGCAAGAUAUAUUCGAAGCUCCCCACGACCAGCCAAAUCCCUUUAUGGGCAAUUGCACCCCCUGGUGGGAAUACGCUGCUCCAGAUGCCGCUCAAAUAAGGACUUGA